UGUGUGAGGAUACCCUCCACCCUUGAUUUCCAGAUCCCGGUUCACUUCAACUUGAUCUUUAAACCUGUCUUGAGUAGUAUUCUCCGGGCCCAUUUCUGAAAAGAGAAAGAGAGAGGGAAGGAAAGCAACGGCAGAAAAUGGAGGUCUCGGUCGACACAAGCCCAGCCGCCCUUUCUCCCCUCCCGCAGUCACAAUCACAAUCGCAACAAUCAUCAACAACGACGUCUACAGCAAGCUAUCCCGCAUCACCAAUCGCCUCCAGGAAACGUUCCGUCCAAGAUAUAGAUGCACAGACGGCGCAGACGUCAUCGACCGCGGCGGCUGGCCACACCGACACGAAAAAAUCCCCAACGUAUACCGACAAAGAGAACCAGGAGAAUGCCGAUCCUUUGAGACAAAGUUCUACAUGUGUAACUCCUCCCUCGGAAAUGAGCCACGUACUGAUUACAAGUGGGGGCGCGAAGCCCGGUGAUGAGGCACCGGUACAGAAUACGAAGGAGGCUCCACUGGCAAGAUCGAUUUCCAGUCCGGGAUCAACCCAUUUGUCUACGGAUACAGGCGCUGGUGCCCCUGUCACUAAGAAGAGGAAACUGUCUCCUGCGAGUAAGGAGGCUAAGCAACAGGAGAAGGAAGCUAAGCAGCAGGAAAAAGACGCCAAGGAACGUCAAAGAUUAGAAGAAAAGGCAAAGAAAGAAGAGGAGAAGAGAGUAAAGGAAGAAGAGAAGAAAAAGCGGGACGCAGAGCGAGAGGAAGAACGUAAGCGGAAGGAGGAGAAAAAGAAGGCGAAGGAAGAGGAGAAGGCCGCGAAAGACGAAGAAAAAAGGAAAAAGGAGGCAGCCAAAGAAGAGGAGAAGCGAAAAAAGGAAGAGGAGAAAUUGAAAAAGGAGAGAGCUCAACCCAAGCUGAACGCCUUCUUCGCGAAGCCAAAACCUCCUGUGCAACCCUCGGUCUCAGCGCUUACUGCGUCGCCCAAGAAGUCUGGAAGCGAUGACAGCACAAAUGAACCCUCUUAUGAAGCGGCAACUGUGUCAGAUUAUCAACGAGCAUUCCCUGAAUUCUUCCUACAGUCCCACACGAAAGUCGCUCCACCGCAUAUGUUUCAACGUGAUUCAGAGGCCCUUCGAUUAAUAAGAGAGAAGCUUGAUGCGUCCAUGAAGUCGCCCAAUAGCCCGGGAGAAGCUCUUGUAUUUCGGCCAUGGGAAAUUUUCAACUUGAUGCCAUACAGGCGACGGCGGGGAAGACUACCUGCUUCUGUCAGGGAAAUUCUUCUAGAGAUGCAAAGCCUGAACGAUCAAGCGGGGACGUCGGAGGCUGUACAGCGACAACAGAGUCUCUUAAAGAAGGUUCGAAUGAAAUCUCUUAAGUUUGGUGAAGAUGUCCGACCACCCUAUCAGGGAACUUACUCUAAGCACCUUCCCGAAUCCUCGGCCUAUAAGAUGAUGCGGAACCCUUGCUACCGGGGCUUACCUGAGACGAACUACGACUACGACUCCGAGGCUGAAUGGGAGGAGCCGGAAGAAGGCGAGGAACUCGACUCGGAGGAGGAGGAAGAGAUGAGCGAAGAUGGCGAGGAUGACAUGGAUGGCUUCUUGGACGACGAGGACGAUCAGUUGGUCGAUGGGAAGAGACGUCUUAUCGUUGGCGAUUUAGAACCCGUCUGCAGUGGCAUUCAAUGGCACGAUCAGGGCGUGGAUCCAGAGUUUCGGGCAUACAGGGUCGAGACCAUAUCAGAUGCAGUGUCGUUGCCUAUUGACCCAUUCUCAACGGCGUACUGGCAAAAACCCAAGAUAUCGGAGCCGGUUCAGACCAGCGGUGCGGGACGGUCGUCGCUUCACUCUUUCCUGGGUAACCCAUCUUCAGGGAGUGCGUCAACGCAGGACGGUGGCGCACUGCCACUGUUGGGGCCCGGGAAAUCCAGGCGACCCUUCCCACCGGAACUGCUGGCGGAAUUCAAGCAAGUUGUGGACGGAAGCGAUCUGUCAAAGCUAGGGUUGAUUGAAAUUCUGAAGAAAAGGUUUCCGAAGGUUUCUAAGGAUGCCUUGAAAGACACUUUGAACAGCGUGGCUACUCGGGUGGGACAGAAAGAGGCUGAGAAGAAAUGGGUUUGCAAAGAGUGAUGGUAUUGGAGGAGACAUGACAGCAAGCGUUCGAUGUUCCGAAGAAAGACAACGCAUGCCACGGAUGGCUGGAGUUCUGGCGUUAAGUUCACCUUGGGUCGUGCCG